AUGUCCAAGCUUAACUCUGACAUCCUAGACAAGGCCGUCACUGACAUCCUUGCAUUCGCCAAAGGUGAAGACGUUCACGUGAACGGUGAAGACAAGAAGGGAAAGAAGCGUAACUUCAAGGAAACCAUCGAGUGCCAAAUCACCUUGAAGAACUACGACCCCGUCCGUGACAAGCGUUUCUCUGGAACCUUCAAGCUUCCAGCUGUUCCACGCCCCAACCUCAAGUGCUGCGUUCUUGGUAACGCUGCCCAUUGUGAACAAGCCGACCGUAUCGGUGUUGACCACAUGAGUGUUGAGGACUUGAAGAAGUUGAACAAGAACAAGAAGAUGGUCAAGAAGCUUGCUAAGCGUUACGAUUUCUUCAUGGCUUCCGAUAACAUGAUCAAGCAGAUUCCUCGUUUGUUGGGUCCCGGUCUUACCAAGGCUGGUAAAUUCCCCACUUUGAUCGCUUCUGGUGAUGAUAUGCAAGAGAAGAUUGAUGAGGUCAAGGCCACCAUCAAGUUCCAGAUGAAGAAGGUUAUGUGUUUGAAUGUUGCCGUCGGAAACGUCGAGAUGACCCACAAGGAAAUCGUUGUCAACACUCAGCUUGCUGCUAACUUCCUCGCAUCCUUGUUGAAGAAGCAAUGGCAAAACAUUGGACAGAUUUACGUCAAGAGUACCAUGGGACCAUCCAUCCAAAUUUACUUCUAA